AUAGGCGUGAUUAGCUCUAUAAAGGUCAUCACAGGUGCAGAGAGACGCGCCCGACCUGCGCUUGUUCAGCCAGGUGAUCGCGAGUGGGUUACAGUUAUCCAGAGCAUCUGCGCUGCUGGGUACGCGACCCCGCCCUUCAUUAUCUACAAGGGACGCGUCUACAUCUCUGCCUGGUAUGAGGAGGCUUUAAUACCGCAUAUACCACGCAAUUGGAAGCUCUCUGUCUCUGAGAGCGGCUGGACAAACAACGCGCUCAGCCUUGAGUGGCUGAAGCACUUCGACGCGCAUACAAAGGCAAGCCAGGUGGGGGCGUACAGGCUGCUUAUUUUAGACAGCUAUAAGAGCUACCUUAACUAG